UCAUAUAUAUACCCCCUUUAUUUUCCCUAAAUACAACGCAUUAUCAUUUACCCCCAAAUUCGAAACCCUAAUUUGUUCAAUUCUCUCCAAACUCAGAAUCCAUUUUAUUAAGAUCUGAAUCCAAAUGGCUCGUACUAAGCAAACUGCUCGUAAAUCCACCGGUGGAAAAGCUCCCCGGAAACAACUUGCUACCAAGGCUGCUAGGAAAUCUGCUCCGACUACCGGCGGUGUGAAGAAACCUCAUCGUUAUCGUCCCGGAACCGUCGCUCUCCGUGAGAUCCGUAAGUAUCAAAAGAGCACAGAGCUUUUGAUCCGUAAGUUGCCGUUCCAGAGGCUCGUUCGUGAAAUUGCUCAGGACUUCAAGACUGAUUUGAGGUUCCAGAGCCAUGCUGUGUUGGCACUACAAGAGGCAGCUGAGGCAUACCUUGUGGGACUAUUUGAAGAUACUAACCUCUGCGCAAUUCACGCUAAGCGUGUGACGAUAAUGCCCAAGGACAUUCAAUUGGCCAGGCGUAUCCGUGGGGAGCGUGCUUAGUUUGAUAUUUUUCGCUUAUAGAAUAUAGUAGUUUUAAGAAGUAGUUUGAUUUGGUUCGUGUGUUGCAUUGGAGUAUGUUUUCUUUACAUACUGAACCUGUUAUGUAGCAGGCUUUAUGAUAAUGGUUUAGGAAUGUGAUCAUGUGAAUUCUCUUAUAUAGAACUUGGUUAUAUUUGAUAAUAAUAUUCUUCUAUAAAGCUGUUGCAUUCUCUUUUA